AUGAGUAUUAUUGAAUUAAGAGUUUGUGGAAGGUAAACAAUAUUAUUAUAGAUAUAGAUAUAAACUGGGACCAAAAAUAGGAGUUGGUAGUUUUGGUUAAAUAUAUCUUGCGAAGAAUGUGUAAUCAAAUCAAGAUGUUGCAAUAAAGAUUGAAGAAGUCAAAUCUAAACAUCCAUAGUUAUUAUAUGAAGGCAAGAUUCUAUAAAAUCUAUAAGGAGGAGUGGGUAUUCCAUCUAUGUUAUGGUUAAAUUAUUUGUUUCAUAUUUUCUUAGGUGCGGUUAAGAAAAUGAUUUCAAUUUUCUCGUUAUGGAUCUCCUGGGUCAAAAUCUAGAAGAAUUACUUGUGUUAUGUAAAAGAGCAUUCACACUCAAAACAGUCCUCAUGCUUGCAGAUUAAUUGAUCUCCAAUUUAGAAUACAUACAUUUUAAAAAUUAUGUUCAUCGAGACAUUAAACCUGAGAAUUUUCUUAUGGGAUGUGCUAAGAAGUCUCAUAUAGUUUACACAAUUGAUUUUGGACUUUCUAAACGAUAUAGGGAUGCUAGGACUCAUGAACACAUUCCUUUGAAAGAAGGAAAACCUCUUAUUGGUACUGCUCGUUAUGCCAGUAUUAAUACUCACAAAGGAUUUGAAUAAUCAAGAAGAGAUGAUUUAGAAGCUUUAGGCUAUAUGCUAAUAUAUUUUUUAAAAGGAACUUUACCGUGGUAAGGUAUUAGAGCAAAUAGGAAGGAAGAAAAAUAUUAGAAAAUUAUGGAGAAGAAAAUAUAAACUCCAAUUGAUUAAUUAUGUAAAGGUAUCUAAUUAUAUAAUGAAGGUGUUCCUAAUGAAUUUUAAUAAUUUAUGAAUUAUGUUAGAAAUCUUAGGUAUGAUGAAAAACCAGAUUAUUCAUUUUUGAAAAAGAUCUUCAAAGAAAGAUUUGUGAAGGAAGGUUAUGAAUAUGAUUAUGUUUAUGAUUGGAUUUUAAUACCAAUGAGUACUCGUAGUCCAUUUUAUAGUAGUAAAAUACCAUUAACAAUUGAAUUACUUUAGAAUGAAGAGAAGUAAAGUAAAUAAAAUAAUCAUUAGAUUUUUAAUUAAAGAAUAUGAUAAAGAUAGAUUUGGAGAAUCCAAUUUUAGUAAUUGGAAUAUGGUUGAGGAAUUGGAUAAUAAUCCAGUAGAUGAAGAUUAAUAACCAGAUUAAAAUAUUAAACCUGUUGAAUAAUAAAAACCAAAAAAACCAGAGGUUUAAUAACCAGCAUAGCAAUAAAAGAAAGAUAAGGAUUGUGCAAUAUUUUGA